AUGAUUUUAUACUUCAUGGUUUAUUCCCAGUGACGAUAUUAAGUGUCGUUAAACGUGAUUUUAGAAGCGACGUUAGAGAUUCAUUUUUUUCCAUAAAAAAAAAUUUCUACCUAUAAAUAUGAAACCGCUAAUGUUGCAUGGACACGAACGUGCCAUUACUAAAAUAAAAUAUAACAGAGAAGGUGAUUUAGUUUUCUCUGCUAGCAAGGAUAAGAAACCAAAUGUGUGGUAUUCUUUGAACGGAGAACGUCUUGGAACUUUUAAUGGACAUAAUGGUUCGGUAUGGUGUAUAGAUGUUAAUUGGGAUACAACUAGAUUUUUAUCUGGAAGUGGUGAUAAUACAUUAAGAGUAUGGGACUGUGAAACUGGAAAAGAAAUUGGACAACUGGAAACAAAUAGCUCUGUAAGAACAUGCGGUUUCAGUUAUUCCUCAAAUCUCGCCGUUUAUUCUACCGAUAAAGCUUUAGGUCAUCAGUGUGAAAUGUUUAUAAUGGACAUUAGAAAUGUCGAUACUAACAUGUCGCAAGAACAUGCAAUAUCUAGGAUCUCUGUUCCUGGACCAAGGAUUUCUGCUAUAUUGUGGGGUGCCUUGGACGAAACCAUAAUUACAGGUCACGAAGAUGGUGAAAUUACUCUUUGGGACGUGAGAAUGGGGAAAAAGUUGACCAGUACUAAAGGUCACAAAUCUCAAAUCAAUGAUAUGCAAUUUAAUAAAGAUGGAACUAUGUUUGUCACUGCAUCCAAAGAUAAUAUGGCUAAAUUAUUUGACAGUGAAUCGUUGGUUCUAUUGAAAACUUAUAAAACAGAGAGACCAGUCAACUCUGCUACGAUAUCUCCAAUUCUGGAUCAUGUAGUCUUAGGUGGUGGUCAAGACGCUAUGGAUGUAACAACUACGUCGGCUAGACAAGGAAAAUUCGAUUCUCGUUUCUUCCAUCUUGUAUUUGAAGAAGAAUUCGCACGUUUAAAGGGUCACUUUGGUCCAAUCAAUUCUUUAGCAUUCCAUCCCAAUGGCAAGAGUAUGUCGACCGGAGGAGAAGAUGGUUAUAUUCGUAUUAAUACAUUCGAUCAAUCCUAUUUCGAUUUCCAUUUUGAAUAUUAAUUAAAUUAUUUGAAAAAAAAGUAAACAUAACUGUAAUUAAUAUUUCAUAUGAAUAUUUUUAUUACAAAAACUUUAUCUCAAUUCUUUUCUUUCUGAAAUGUGUUACAAACAUUUAAAUAAUACAAAAUUACUGGUACGAAAUAAUGAAAUAAUUAUUCAAUUAUGGUAAGACAAGGACAAGAAAAAGAAAAUGUAAUGUUCGUUAACUAUUAUUUGUCCUAUCGGAGGUAGCUGGAGGAAUAAAUUGAUUUAAUAAUAUGUAAUAAUAAGUUAUACCAACGAUUAUAUCAAUCAGAUAGCGAAUGUAUAGCAAUGUAUAAUAAUUACAUUUUGUAUUUAAAAUUCA